UAAAUGAGCUCAUGAGAAGUCAAUGGUCAGUCGUGAGAGAGAGGGAAUAAACCGAGUUAACGCUUUCUAAACCCUAACCCACUAAGCCGCACCUUCCCGCCGCUCUUUACCAUUUCUCGCCGGCGAGUUCGUCGCCGCCGCUGAGCGGUGGCGAGAGCGUUCGAUUUUUCGUGGUAGUUUGCGGAACCAAUAGACAGCCGUUUUAUUGUUGUUCUGCAGCCGAUGCCGACGGUGAGCGUCGGGAGGGACCGCCUUUUUGCUGCCCUCGGCGAAACUUAUACGCAGGAGGAGUUCGAGGAACUAUGCUUCAAAUUCGGCAUCGAGCUCGAUGAUGUUACUACGGAGAAAGCCAUUAUUCGGAAAGAGAAGCAUCUUGAAGAAGAAGAAGAGGCAGAAGCUGGUGACGAGGACGAGGAAGUCAUUUAUAAGAUCGAGGUCGCAGCCAAUAGAUAUGAUUUGCUCUGUCUUGAAGGAAUUGCUCGAGCUCUCAGAAUUUUCAUUGAAAAGGAAGCAAGCCCUUUGUAUACGGUCUCUGAUGUAUCAUCUAAAUCAAUACUCAAAAUGCAUGUCAAACCCGAGACCUCAUUGAUCCGGCCUUUUGUUGUCUGUGCCAUUCUAAGAGGAAUAACCUUUGAUGAAGCAAGAUACAACAGCUUCAUUGAGCUGCAAGAUAAAUUACACCAAAAUAUAUGUAGGCGAAGAACCUUAGUUGCUAUUGGGACACAUGAUUUGGAUACAAUACAGGGUCCUUUUUCAUAUGAGGCAUUACCACCUCAAGAGAUUAAUUUUGUGCCUUUAAAGCAGGUGAAAAGUUUCAGGGCUGAUGAUCUGUUGGAAUAUUACAAAUCAGAUAUGAAGCUUAAGAAGUUCUUGCACAUAAUUGAGAACUCUCCUGUGUACCCAGUGAUCUAUGACAACAAUAGAACUGUUCUCUCACUUCCACCAAUUAUUAACGGUGCACAUUCAGCAAUCAACCUAAAGACAAGAAAUGUGUUCAUUGAAUGUACUGCCACUGAUUUGACAAAAGCUAAGAUUGUUUUGAAUACAAUGGUGACUAUGUUUUCUGAAUAUUGCGAAAAGAAAUUUGAGGUGGAACCAGUUGAGGUAAUUUAUUCUGAUGGGAAAUCUAUGAUCUGUCCUGAUCUUUCAGUUUCUAGGAUGGAAGUCCCUUUAUCUGAGAUAAUUGAUCCAAUUGGCAUCUCUCUUGAUGUCUCUGAGGUUGUAACAUUAUUAAAUAAAAUGCAACUGGAAGCAGCUCAUUCAUCAUUGGCCACUGGAGAUUUUAAUAUUGUUGUUUCUGUACCUCCCACUCGCAGCGACAUUCUGCACGCCCGUGAUGUGAUGGAAGAUGUAGCUAUUGCAUAUGGAUACAACAAUAUCCCAAAAUCAAAGCCUAAAUGCAUGACUACUGGAGGGAGACAACCUUUGAACCGCUUUUCUGAUAAAGUCAGAGCUGAGGUUGCAAGGGCAGGUUACAUGGAAGUCUUAACAUGGGUUUUAUGCUCACAUGAAGAGAAUUUUUCGAUGCUAAGGCGAAAGGAUGAUGGAGAUAAAGCUGUUAUCAUAGCAAAUCCUCGUUCUGCUGACUUUGAGGUUGUUAGAACCAGUCUGAUGUCAUGCUUAUUGAAAACCCUAAAGCACAAUAUUGACCACCCCAGACCUAUAAAGAUAUUUGAAGUUGGUGAUGUUGUUGUGUUGGGUGGUGAUCGGGAUGUCGGUGCAUCAAACAAUCGUCGACUUGCAGCAUUAUAUUGUAAUGUUUCCUCAGGAUUUGAGGAAAUUUUGGGAUUGGUGGAAAGAAUAAUGAAAGUUGUAAGAGCACCUCACAUUAAUGCCCCUGAUAAUUAUCUUAAGCCUUCAGAUGAGCCGGAAUAUUUUCCUAAUAGACAAUGCAGCAUCAUAUUUAAUGGGAAACAAAUUGGGAACUUUGGAAUUGUUCAUCCCGAGGUUUUGAAGAAAUUUGGUAUCCCUGAUCCUUGUUCUUUCAUGGAGAUCGACAUCCAGUCGUUGUUGUAGGGUUAUGAUACAUAUCAAAGGCAUGCAGUGACUUGUUGAUCAUCCUUCAGCUCAUUUUUCACUGUUAGAGCCUAAUGGCCCUCCAUGAUUAAAUGCUUUUCAAAUGUUAUGCUUAAUUUUGUUUCUCUCGGUCAAAUUUGAAUUAUAGCCAGGGCAUUCAUAGUUUUUUUUUGGGACUUUUAAAUCUAGUUUUCAGUUUUUGGAUAAUCAUUGAUGGUAUAUUAUUAAAUUUGAUUUC